UGUAAGGCUGGUCAGAGCUUGAAAGGUGUCGACAAUUGCUCCAGAGGAGCAAUAAGGUGGCCAUGGCCAUUGCCGAAUCGAGUUCGGCGGCAAUGAAAUGUACAGUGCUCCCCGAUAUGAACCCAGUGAAGCUCUAGCAUUGAUACUUACGUAUGUUUUGCUCACCAUUGCAGGUUUCUUUUGUACUUCAUCGAGAUUCAUUCAUUUUUUCAAUUUUAGGUUCCUCAGUUGAGAGAUUCAGACCAUCUUCGUCUUUCUCAUUAAGACCUAGAGGUUUGGCGAGCGCCGGAUGUGGACUUGGGUCAUUUGUUCGUUUCUACUUCGUGUCGAUAACUUCAGUCCAAAGCGCACCCUUUCAGUCUUACAGCUCUUGGUCUUUGAAGUUCAUUCAAGACAGCGUGGCAUAGGAUCACAAUUCUUGCAAGGGCACUGUUUUUCUGUUCUGCAGAAGGAUAAUUAUGUUCCCUAAAAAUUACUGGAUCGUCUUGUCGAUGAUGCUCGUGUGAGAUGUGCCGUGAAGUGGGCAUGCAGGCCAAUUCCACAGUAUUUCAUUGAAGUUCCAGUGAAAAAGGAUCUUUAGGGUUUCCGUACGCGCUAGGGGAAGUUAGGGACAUCCUUGUGGAUCGCUGGUCUGUUUCUUCUUUCUUCAGGGACGCUGUAGAUCGGAGCCUGUAUUGCUGAAACUGUGAACAGGUUGCAAUCUUGAUAUGUAGUUCUCCUUGUCCUUCUUUUGAUCGUGAGGCUUGCAGCGUGCUGGUGAGGGUUCGCAUUGAUUCUGAUCUCGACGAAAUUAAGUUAUAUAUUCUUUGAUUGAAUUUCGAUGGUUUUGUAGGUCCGAUUGAAUUUCUAUUUAAUCUCAGCUAUCAAGUCCUGGGGUCCACUAGAAUUCAGAUUGCAGUUUUUCCUGACAUAAUCUGAGAUGCAUCUCUGUGACGGUUAUUGGAAUUGGGUGCACUCUAGAGUUGUUUAAUUGAUGAUCCGUGUCUGACAAUUCCAGUGGUAGAGCGUCUUCUUGUCACAUUUUUACUCACAACUAGAAAUAGAGCAUAGUGCGCCUGAUGGACGAUACUAGGCUGGGUGCAAUUGCUGGCGCAUCUGCUGAGCGAGGAGGCAUCAGCUCGCUCGGUUCAGCUGAGCACGAGGACGCAAGGCCUGACUCUGGUUUUGAAGUGAAGAAGUUUGAGAUGCCAUCCGUGGUGCAUCUGAAUGUUGGGGGAAUGAUGUUUGCGACCACGGUGGACACUCUCACCCAAAGAGACACAGACUCGAUGCUUGCGGUCAUGUUCAGCGGCCGGCACCGGCUGCAUAUGGAUUCCAAGGAAGGUGCAGUCUUUAUCGAUCGAGAUGGAACCCACUUCAGGCACAUCUUGAAUUGGUUACGUGACGGAGUGAUUCCAAUGUUGGAAAUCUCCGCAUACCAGGAGCUUCAUAGAGAGGCUGAGUACUACCAGCUUAUGGGGUUGGUGGAGAACAUUACACCUUUUCUGUGCAAGAAAGAUGAAGAUGACAACACGAAGCCGGAGAUGAGCCGGCGAGAUGUAAUCAAGUGUCUCCAAUUUGGGAAAAUGAGGCUGCGAGGAGUGAAUCUUUCAGGGCAGAAUCUAUCGAAACUAGAUUUGAGCAAUGUAGAUCUCAGCUAUACGCAUUUGAUCAAUACUUUCUUCUCUAGGGCAAAGCUGCAUAAUUCCGACUUCACAGGGAGCGAGGCAAACGGAGCUAAUUUUCACUAUGCAGAUCUAUUCUCUUCUCAAUUUUCAGGUGCGGGGAUGGUUGGAGCGGUUCUUGCUGGUGCAAACUUGCAGAGUGCAAAUCUGGCUGAUGCACGUCUUAUGAAUGCGAGUUUUUGCAAUGCAAACUUACGUAGUGCUCACUUACAGAACGCCGAUCUUACAAAUGCAAACUUGUCGGAAGCCAACCUUGAAAACGCCAAUUUGAAAGGAACGAAGCUCAGUGGCGCAAACCUUCGAGGUGCAAAUCUGCAGCGUGCCUAUCUCAGGGAUGUGAAUCUAAGGGACACCAUAUUGGAAGGUGCUUUAUUAAAUGGUGCCAACCUUCAAGGAGCUAUCCGAUGAUCCGAACUUUAAAGAGUGUACAUGUUGCUGCGUUCUAUACAGGGUGCUUAUAAGUCUAUUGUCAUUCACGGGUCACCAAAUCUGAAGACAGGAAUGUUCCACUGUGUACAAGCAACUGGUGCAAAUUCUCUCAUGUUUUUGGUGAAUAUGUACAAGUUCUUUACCAAUGUUGGCCAUUGUAACUGAAAAUUAAUCAAGUGUAAUUUGUUUCUACCAUACAGAUAGUCUGUCUGCAAUGUACAUAGUAAACAGAAUGUAGCCAUGAAGGAGCAGUAAUUUUAUACGGGGAGAUAGCAUCGAGUAGGUUCUAUUAUGUGGAAAGAGUUUCAACACCGGCUGAAACUCGAGUAUUACCGUUAUGCCGGAGACAGAAGUGGGUAUUAUGUUCAUGUCAGAUUCAUUGUGCUGGAUUUACCAGCUGCCGUCGAAUCGUAUGCAUUCUAUUUCCUCCAGAUUUGAAUUCUUCAUGUGAUUUUUUCA